CGUUCUCGUAAAUCAGUGAAACAGCGGGAUAAAUUCCUUUAAUUAUUCAAAUUAACGCGAGCGACGAAAUUCCAUUUCGAAUCGAGAAAUCUCGAUCUAGGGUUUAUCAUCGCCGUCGGCGGAUUCGAUCGGAGAAUGGCGAACCAGUACGCAGCUCAAGUCACUGCAUCGCAGGUUGGUUCGUACUUCGUUCAGCAGUACUAUCAGGUGUUUCAGCAGCAGCGGGAGUAUGUGCAUCAAUUUUACAAUGAUUCGAGCUCUAUGAUGCGAGUUGAUGGAGAAUUCAGCGAGUCCGCCACGGAUAUGAUGAAAAUUCAUGAGGUGCUUAUGUCUCUUAAUUUUUUGAGAAUUGAGAUCAAGACAAUAAAGUCACUUGAAUCAUGGAAUGGAGGUGUUCUUGUAGUUGUCACUGGCUCUGUCAAGUUGAGAGACUUCAGUUACUGGAGGAAAUUUGUGCAGACCUUUUUCCUUGCUCCUCAAGAGAAAGGUUACUUUGUUCUGAAUGAUAUGUUUCAUUUUGCCGAUGAUGAGGUGACACACCAACCUUCAGCUCCCGUUCAGGAACAGCAUGUUGAUUAUCGGCCGACUAGUUCAUCUCAUCUUCCUGAUCCACCUGUUUCCGAUUAUGCAUUGGAGGAGGAGGUAGGUGAUUAUGGUAACACUGUUCAUGUCGAAGGAGUUGAACCAGUUGAAGAAUACAAUUACGAGGAGCAUCUUCGACAGGAUCCUGAGCCAGAACCGGAGCUGGUGCCAGAGCAGGAGCAGGUGCCGGAGCCUGAAGUUGACAGAUUUGAAGAGGAACAACAUUAUGAAGAAACAAGUCACGUGCUUCAAAAUCCACAAACUGCUGUGCAUGAACCUCAGAUUUUUGUGGAGGAACCCAUUGGAGAACCAGAGAAACUCACCUAUGCUUCUAUAUUGCGAGUUAAAGGAAGAGUUCAACCCCCACCGAUUUCUCAACCAGCUUACACUCCGAGACCACCUGUUACAAACUGGGACCAUAUUUCACAGCCAGUGGUGCAGCAGCCAAUCUCUACUCCUCCAUCAUCUGGUCUGGAUGUCAUGGAAGAAUCCUUAUCGGCACAAGAAGGAGAACCAAAAUCUGUAUAUGUGAGAAAUUUGCCAUCAUCAGUAACAACCCUUGAUCUUCAGCAAGAGUUCGAAAAUUUUGGGAGAAUCAAGUAUGAUGGAAUCUUCUUGAGGAACCGCAUGGAUACUGGUGUCUGUUAUGCCUUUGUUGAGUUUGAAGAUAUUCAAAGUGUUCGGAAUGCUCUCAAGGCUUCUCCUAUUCAAUUGGGUGGAAGGAAAGUAUAUGUUGAGGAGAGAAGACCAAACAGUGGUGCUGCUCGCGGUGGAAGGAGCGGGAUUCGAGGCAGAGGUGGGCGCGGUGGAAGGAGUUCUGGUAGGUGAGCGAAGUGCAGCAAAGACCAGAGUUAGAACUUGUAACUUAUGGUUUUGGUGUUGCACUUGAUGUAGUGUUGUAUCAUUCAAUAACAAAAGUGGUUGGCAUGUUGCCAUGACUUUCAGUUUUAUUGCUGAAGCAAAUGCUUCCUUUUGUUUGAUGUCUUUUUUUUAUAUGAAACCUUAUUUUGAGA